UAAUGUUAACAAGAAGAAAAAGUUCUGAAUUAAUUGAACCAGAUAUCGUUAAAAAGAUCAAAGGAAACGAUGAGAGCAACUUGAAAGCAUAUAUUAAAAAUAAAUAGACCAGAAAAAUUUUGGAGGUAAGAAUUUAACAUUAACAUGAAAGAGUCGAGGUAUCACAAAUUUAUUUCCAAUUCAAUAAUAAUGUUUUGAAACAAUUUAUAAUGGAGAUGAUAUAAUAGGGUAGGACAGAACUGGUUCAGGUAAAACACUUGCAUAUUGUCUCCCAAUACUAGAAAGAAUACGAGGAUUAGGAUUAAAAUAAAAUAAAAAUCCUUAUGUAUUAGUAUUAUUACCAACAAGAGAAUUAGCUAUCCAAGUAACUACUGAAUUUAAUUCUAUUUUACAUAAAGAAAAUGAAUAUAGAAUUUAUAGUAUAUUUGGUGGUACAGAUCUUAGAAACUAAAUUGAUUAAGUGAGAUAAGGAUGUGAAAUUGUAGUAGGAACACCUGGAAGAAUAUAAGAUCUUUUAGAAAGAAAGGUUUUAAAAUUAGAUGAAAUUUAAGUAGUUGUUAUGGAUGAAGCUGAUUAAAUGUUGAAUUUUGGAUUUUAGGAAAACAUUGAAAAGAUCAUGUCAUAUUUCAAUGAUAGAAAAAUUUAAAUGCUUUUAUUUAGUGCUACUAUACCUGAUUGGGUAAAAGAAUUAUCAUAGAAAUAUAUGGAAAGUAAUACUAAACAUAUUAAUUUGAUUAAAAGAAAUGAGGUAAUUCUAUUGAUCUUAAUAUUUAGACUUAAACAUCAACAACAGUCAAACAUUAUGCUCUAUAAUGUGCAAGAAAUUAAUUAACUGGUGCAAUAGGUGAUGUUGUUUCAGUUUAUGGUGGAAGACAUGCAAGAACAAUUAUCUUUUGUGAAACUAAAAGAGAAUGUAAUGAAAUUAUUUUACAUUCUAAAUUACCUGCUGAAACAUAACCAUUACAUGGAGAUAUUCCUUAAUAACAAAGAACAGUUACAUUUGAAGGAUUUAAAAAUGGAAAAUUCAAAUGUUUGGUUGCAACUAAUGUUGCAGCUAGAGGUUUGGAUUUCCCAUAAGUAGAUUUGAUUAUUUAAUGUAAUCCUCCUAAAGACAUUGAAUCAUAUAUUCAUAGAUCAGGUAGAACUGGAAGAGCUGGAAAGGAUGGAAUAUGUAUCACUUUUUAUUCAAAGAAGGAUAUGAGUUUAAUUGAAAGAGUUGAGAGAGUAGCUAAAAUUAAAUUCAUUAAAAUUUCUGCUCCUCAACAUUAAGAUAUUAUUAAAGCAAGCUCAAGAGAUUUAUAAACUAGUUUAUAAGUAGUUAGUAAAGAAAUUGUUGAUUUGUUUUAACCUGUUGCUUAAGAAAUCAUAUCUAGAUGUGAUCCUGUAGAAGCUUUGGCUAGAGCCUUAGCAUGUGUUAGUGGAUAUAAAGACAAACUAUAGAAUAGAUCUAUGUUGGGAUCUUUUGAAGGAUAUAUAACAUAUAUUUUAAGAACAUCAACUCCUUUCUAGGCUUGUGGUUACAUUUGGAAAUUCCUAAAGAAUAAUUUUUCAGAAUAAAUUUGCAAUAGUAUUAAGGGAAUGAAAAAAUUAAGAAAUGAGAAUGGUGUUGCAUUUGAUAUUAGUGAAGAUGUCAAAGAAGAAUUUGAAAAUCAAUAUUAGGAGAUAAGUUAAAAUGGAUAUUGUAGAGGAAUAGAAAUUGAAUAGGCUACAACACUUCCAGAUAUAAUUGAAGAAUAAUUUUAAUCACAUCAAAAUUAUCAUUAAUAACCAACAGUUUAAGUUUCAUAAACUGUUAAAAAAGAAUAAGAAAUAUUUAUUGGAGGAUUAGAUUUUAAGAUUACAGAAGAUGAAAUAAAAAAUGAAUUCAAAAAUAAAGGAGUUGAAUUAUUCAAUCUCAGAUUAUUAAGAGGUUAGGAUGGUUAAUCAAAAGGAUCUGCUUUUGGAGUAUGUAGAACUAAAGAAAUGGUAGCAGUGGCAUUAAAAUAAAAUGGAACUAAAUUUAGAGGUAGAAAUAUUCGUGUAAAUAUGGCAAAUGAAAAACCAAAAUGAUAAUUUUGU